GACUCUGCUCAGCUUGGAUUUCAUUGGCUAGUUUCACCGCCAUGGCGCCAACCCGGAAGUUGCUGAAACUCGAAGGACAACAAAAGUAGAUAGCGAGCAACUGUUACAGUUGGUUUUGUUAGUUUAUUUUGUGUUAACGUUAAGGCAAGAGUUAAUGGUUAAAAUACGUAUGUGGUUAAUAGGUAGUCCGUUAAGGUAAAGGUAGAACUGUUAUCGUUUUGUGUUUUGUAUUCCUAACCACAGUAGCCAGCACGCUUGCUAACGUUAGCAACACUGCCCCUCAACGGACAGACCAGGGUCAGGUGAUUAUCAAAUUAUUGAUUAAUUGAAAAAGUUAUUGGCGCAGAAAUCAAACCAAUUUGCAGUAACAUGGAGGACAGGACCAAGGAACUCGAAAGAUCCGGCGGUUGCUUGAGUGUCGGUCAGAAUUCAGAAGAGGCGACACCAACCGAUGGUAGCCGCCAGAACAGUGUUGACAACGAUGGAUCGGAAGACCACGAUGGGACGUCCAAUAAUGUUGACUCCGAGGAUGAGCCUGAACUCCCUCUUAAUCAAUUCUACCCUUAUAUCCGCUGUGCUCUCUGCUGCGGAUUCCUCAUUGAUGCCACCACCAUAACAGAGUGUCUGCACACUUUUUGUAAAAGCUGCAUAGUGAAGCACUUCUUCUACAGCAACAGGUGUCCCAAUUGCAGCAUUGUGGUCCACCAGACACAACCACUGUACAAUAUAAGGCCUGACAGACAGUUGCAAGAUAUUGUUUACAAGAUGCUGCCACAUCUAGAAGAAAUGGAGAGAGCAAGGAUGAUAGAUUUUUACAAACAGAGAGGACUGGAGGUGCCUAAACCAGUGGUGGCAUCCCCGGCGGUCCCUGUGCUGAAGAACCAGAAGCAGAGGAGAGAGUUGCUUCCCCAGUCUGUCUUCACCAUCCCUCCUGAACUGGACGUGUCUCUGCAGCUGGAGUUUGUGGGAGCGGAAGAAGGCAUAAACAACUAUAAGCCUUUGGAGAGGCGGUACGUGCGAGUGUCGGGCGAGGCCACCGUCCGCCAUGUGGAACUUUUCAUCAGGAGGAAGAUGGAGCUGAGUCCCACCUGCCAGGUGGAUGUUGUGUGUGGAGACCACCUCCUGGACCGUUACCAGUCGCUGCGAGAGGUUCAGGGCUCCAUGGGAGACGAUGCUCUACAGGAUGGUCUUUUGGUUCUCCACUUUGGACUGGUGCUGCCUGCUCACAUGUGAGCAGGGGAAAGUGGGAUGCAUGUGAUCCUGAUAUUAAUGCUGACCUUCAGGGAACCAUGGUCUUCAUUCUGCUACUAAUGCCUUACAGAAUCAAGUCUUCUCCUCUCUGCCUACUUGCCUGACUAUUUUCAGUAAAUUGCUGAAUCCAGGGUCCAGGUGUCUUCUUCUGUAAAUUGGUAGGGUUAUGUUAGGAUUAGGUUAUAGUUUUAUAUCUGAGAGACUGAAGUGAUUUCAGAGGGCUCAAAGAGAAAAAGGAUCUGUCAUGCUACUACUACCAAAAGCUCAUGUUUUUGCUACACUGUAGUUAUGAGUUGAAUGUACACUGUAUCUGUACGGUUUCCUUGUUUUACAUCAUACAUAAUUUAAGCGCUUUGAAAGUUUGUACAGCCUGUCUAUAAAUGCUUAUUGUCACUUCAUGUGAUUGUCUUGAAUAUUGAUGAACCGUUUGAGUUUUUCCUGACCAGAGUUUAGAGACACACAGCUGUUACUUGAAGAUAAUUCAAACAGGCCUUUUUGAUACAUGUAGUUUCUCAAUAUUAACACUAAUAAAAUAC